UAGUUUGUUCCAACUGGUAAGAACACUGCUUGUAUUCAGGUUCUACGAGACAUGGAACCUGGUGAUGAGGUCACAUGUUUUUAUGGUAAAAACUUCUUUGGCGACAACAAUGCCUUCUGUGAAUGUGUCACUUGCGAAAGAAGAGAAGCUGGAGCUUAUUCAAAGAAAGAGGUCAGUUCUGAUGCAGCUGCUGCUGGCUCUGAUAAAGGAGGAGCCAGUGAUGAAGGACAAGCAUCGUCAGAGAAAAAAGGGACCACCUCCUCCGCUAAAGAGAAAUACAGUCUGAGAGAAACUGACAAGAGAUUACGAAGAAAGAGAAUGGCGGCAGAACUGGAGUCUGGCUCAGAUGGCGAGACAAAGCCACCAGUGACUAAGAGAAGUACUGUAGCAGCAGCUGGAAAAGGAGAGACUCAGAAUGGGCGAAGAAAAACAACUAAAGCAAGGCCACGUAGAACCAUGAGGCCUCACCGAAAGAGAGGAAGAGAGAGAAGUCAUAGAGCCACUUCCCCUCAAACGGCUAGUUCUCAGAUUUCUCCAUCUAAAGUUCAAAAGACAAACUAUCACACAAGAAUGGGGACAAAGUCACACUCAAAGUCAUCAGCGCUCUUCUCCCCUCCUCCAGUGGGUAGUGAUGGAACUAAGAGGUAUCCCACUAGAAGGAGACAAGAUGGCAGCACUUCCUCUUGCUCCUUAAAUCAUAAACUGGACAUUAGCAUUGAAUACAAGACAAGACACUCCUCCCCUUUGUGUAACUCCUCUCCUUACGUUUCCGGCAGCUCUGUCCCUUCUGAGUAUUUUAAAGACAAUCCAAGAGAGAAAGAUGAAGUCAUUGCUUCUAAUAAUGUUGUGGUAGCUCUCACGAUUAACGGUUCUGAACAAGUUCUUGAAGGACGAGAUCUAUCAAUGGACUGCUCGCACUUGUCUCGUGAUAAAGUGGCUGCCAUAACUAUUGAACAUGGCUCUGAGUCAACAGCUGCUUUUGAAAUUAACAUUCGGUCAAGAACCUCUGCAGUUCGUAUGGAAACUCCGCCUCCUCCUUAUGAAUCCGUACUAUCGGAAAUGACUUGUUAGAAUGAGACAAGUAGACACACAAGAGCACAUCACUUUAGCAUUUUAUUAUAGCAAAAUGAAGUUUUUAUCAUUAUCAUUAUUAUUAAUUUAUUGUUGUUGUUGUUGUUGUUGUUGUUAUUUAAGCAAGUUAAUGAUUGACACGA